GCUCUUUCUUGUUUUUCCAAUCUAGUGGCCAGCUCCUGCCAACCCCAAGCAUUCAUAACAGAGCCUUAUAUUUGGGAUCAAUUAGCGCGCCUAUUCCAACCAAUCUUGUCUCCUACUCCCAAAAAGCAGCCAGACUGUACGCUUGUAGAUGUCCUCCGACCCAUCUGGAGCUCUUCGCGCCGCACAGGAUAUUGCUUAUGGCAGUGCUGCGGGGAUUGUGUCCAAGAUUUUCGAGCAUCCAUUCGAUCUAACCAAAGUUCGAUUACAAUCCCAAGUCUUGGAAAAGGAAGCACGAUUUAAUGGGCCGUGGGACUGUCUGAGCAAGACAUGGAGGAACGAGGGAUUUCUUGGGCUGUAUCGGGGCCUGCCAGCGCCUAUAGUAGGCGCCAUGGCUGAAAACGCGUCCCUGUUUCUUUCGUAUCGCGAAUUCCAGAAUCUCAUCAAGCGUGUCAACCAUCAGGGGGCCGAUGAAUCAUGCUCCAUGCCACAAGUCGCGUUGGCUGCCGCAGGGGCUGGCGCCGUCACAAGCUUUCUCUUGUGCGUGUCUGUGUGCUCUCGAAUCAACUGAUCCUCAUCUCUACACAGAACGCCAAUAGAGCUGGUAAAA